AUGCAAGCCGCGCUGCUACGGGAGAAUCCCCACAUCUUUCGAAACAGCUUCCUGAAACUAUAUGGGUGCAUCUUUGUCGGAUACCUCUGCUCAGCUACAAAUGGAUUUGAUUCCAAUACCUUUGGCGGCCUUUCAGCCAUCCCUCAAUUUACCAGGUAUUUCGGCAUCACCACUCAGAACCAAGGCCUUGUCGCGGCACUUUAUGUGAUUGGAAACAUAGCUGGCAGUUUUGUCGCUGGUCCUUGCUCGGAUACAUAUGGUCGCCGAGUAGGCAUGGCCGUUGGAUCGGCCAUUUGUGUUAUCGGCGCUGUCCUGCAAACUGCGAGCACAACCCUCUCUAUGCUGAUGGGAGGCCGCUUUAUUUUGGGCAUGGGAGCUGUACUCGUCCAAACUGCUGGCCCCAGUUAUGUUGUCGAGAUGUCAUAUCCCAAAUAUCGUGCCCAGCUUACCGGUGCUUACCAGGCUUGCUUCUUCCUUGGUACCAUUGUAUCGACCUGGCUAGAAUUUGGGUUGAAUCAUGCGAAAACAACCCUGUCGUAUCCAUGGAGACUUCCCCUUGCAAUUCAAGGCCUGCCAUCCGUUAUGAUCCUGUGUGCUGUCUGGUUCAUUCCCGAGAGCCCACGAUGGUGUGUACAACAUGGGCGUGUCGACGAAGCAAAAGCCAUCCUGAUCAAGUACCAUGGAGAUGGAGACCCAGACGCACUCGUCGCAAACCUCGAGCUGCAAGAAAUGAUUGAGGUCAUUCAAAUGGACGGGUCCGAUAAGCGAUGGUGGGACUAUAGAUGCUUGUUUGACACAAGAGCGGCGCGGUAUCGAACCUUUCUCGUUCUUUGCAUUGCUUGGUUUGGGGAACUCGAUUUGCCUCCGACAAGCUAUUAUUUCCCCUUGAUGGUCAAGACGGUUGGUAUCACGGAUGUUAAUACGCAGUUGCUUCUGAACGCGAUACAAACCCCAGUCAUGGCAGUUUCUGCGCUCUGUGGGCUCAGUGUGGUACACAAAUUUGGUCGCCGCAAGCUACUAAUGUUCUCCAGUGCUGGGAUGUCGGUAUCCAUCGCCAUCAUCACAGCAUGCACUGCACUCCAGGCUGGACGACCCGCGGUUGGGGGAACUGGCAUCGCUUUUCUUUACAUCUUCCUAAUUGUUUUUGCUUUCGCUUGGACUCCGAUGCAAUCACUCUACCCUGUCGAGGUGCUCUCAUUCAAUUCCCGAGCAAAGGGCAUGGCGUUUCUAGCAUUCAUGAACAAUGCUGUAAAGGUCAUGAACACUUAUGUGCCGCCGAUUGCCAUUGCCAACUCUGGCUGGAAAUAUUAUUUCCUUUAUGUCUUUUGGGACGCGUUUGGUGUCAUUGUUAUCUACUUCUUUUUCGUUGAAACCAGGGAUUGGAGCUUGGAGGAAAUCGAGGACCUGUUCCAGGCGAAGAAUCCUGUCAAGGCAAGUCUUGAGAAGAAGAGAAUAAGCGUCGCGUAUGACGGCACUAUUGCGCAUGUGCCAGAUGGUAGGGACGAUGUUUGA